AUGGGGGCCCCCAGGGGCCCCCCAUGCCCCACUUGUGGGGGCCCCUGGGGGCCUCAGGGCCCCCUAUGGGGGCCCCCAGGGGCCCCCGUAAGUACCCCUUUGGCCCCAGAAGCUUUUUUUCAGAAAGUCCCAAAGACUUCUUUGCAUGCAAAAGGCCGCCCGAAGGGCGGGGGCGGCGUUGGCCCUAAGAAGAAGACUGCGCAGCAGAAGCAGCAGCAGCAGCUGAUGCUGCUGAAGCAGCAGCAGAAGCAGCAGAAGCUGCAGCAGCUGGGGGGAUUUGCGAAGCACAAGAAAGCCAAAAAGGCUGCUGAAGGUGGGGCUGCAGCAAAAGGCGCAGCAGCUGCCAGGGGGCCCCGCAAAGCAGCAGCAGCAGCAGCAGCAGCAGAGGAGGACCCCGACAUCUCAGCAGCAAACUUGAGCACCACAGAGCUUCCCUAUGAUUUAGUGCCCCCGGAAGUGUUUGAAGUGUAUAAGGCCUUUGGGCGUUUGGGGGACCCUUUUGCCCCGCACGCCUCUUUGCCUCCUUCUCGCCGCAUUUUCUUAGAUCGUUUAUUUAAGGGUUUUACUCGCGCCCCUGGAAUAACAGAAGACCAAUUUCGCAUAAGACUUGACUAUGAAUGGCGCUUUGUCCUCCCACUUGAAAAGGACCCUCUAGCUCCUCCAGACCCCUCUGGGGGCCCCCAGGGGGCCCCCAAGGAGGCCCCCCAGGGGGCCCCCCAGGGGGCCCCCCAGGGGGCCCCCCAGGGGGCCCCCCAGGAGCCUGCAGCAACUACUGCAGGUGAAGUGGAGCCCGACGGGACAGGGGGGCCCGCUGAGCCUUCCUGCCCCUUUAAGGGCCUCGACUUGAAACUCUGCAAAGCGUGGGCAGCAGUACAUGGCCUGCCGCUUGUUGAAGAGGAGCCAGGAUCCAAGAAACGGCAGAGCAAGGCGAUGCGGCGGCGGACGGCGUUUCUGUGGGCCUACAGCCGGAGGGCCCCGCCGCACUUGGCCGCCGGCGAAGCCGCGAGGGCGCUGCUGCCCCCCGAGCCCCUGCCGGGGCCCCAGGUGACCCUGCGGGAGGCCCGCCGCCGCGUCUCCGCAGAACUCAACCAACAGGGCCUCCACCCCGCAGUUCUCGACGUUCUGUGGCAGUUCUUCACCGGCGGCGGCCAAGCCCCAGUGCUGACGAAGCAGCAAGCAGCAGAAAAGAUGGACGAGCUGAUUGGGGGCCCCGGGAAGGGCCCCCGUCUGUGGCUGGAGGCCUCCGAAGUGCCCGGGCUGCUGGACCCUGGGGCCCGGGGGGCCCCCAAGUCCGAGGCCCUCCAAAUAAAAAACAUUUUCUUCAGAGGCACCAGAAUGCUUUACCGAAACCCCGAAGCAGCAGCAGCCCCUGGCCGCCGCCCCAACCCCCGGGGCCUCCCCCCCCGCCUUUCUGCUGCGCGCCUGUGGGCCAAGUUGGGGGCUGCUGUUUCCCAGCGCAUGCAAAGCUUCGACUUUGGGGCUUUGCAGGCCGCAGAGGCCGCCAUCAAGGCCCGCCAAGACCACUUCUUGGCCUGUCUUCGAAAGACAAUCCAGUUCCGGCAGCAGCGGCGGCGCUUCUGCUUGGCCUCGCAGCGGCUGCUGGACACUCUGUGGCUGCCGACGCUGCACUGGCGGGAGUCCAAGAAGGCCCGCGAGGAGGCCCUCAGCGCGGAGGCCCGUCUUGUGCGUUUGCAUGCGCAGCAGCAGCACAGACACGGGUUCCCGCAGCAGCAGCAGCAGCAGCAGCAGCAGCAGCAGCAGCAAAGCGAGCCUCAGCAGCGCUGA